AUGUGCUUUUGUCUUUAAUGCUUUGUGCUAGGAUCAAAUCCAGCAUCCUGUACAGUGAUAUUUAGUGUAUAUUGGAGAGAGUAAGAAGAUACAGUUUGGAUGCAAAAGAUCUUUCCAGGCAGCACAGAGCCAUGACCUCAUUCGACACCUUUAGGAAAGGACUCGGACACCAACUGCAGGCCACACCUUGUUACCCAAUGUCAAAGUCGGAGCGAAUAUCUGCAGCCAGGUUCCAAAAUCUGGUGGAAACCCUGAAACCAGAAGAGUGUAGCAGCGUCUAGACUCUGUGGUGAAAGCACAGAGGGCAUAAAGAAGGAGGACGAGAGCGGAUAAAGAGGAGAGGAUAACUUGACGCAGGCGAAGAAGACUGAAAGGGAGACUGUAGCGAUGGCUGAGGCACCUCAGCAACAGCAGCAGAAGGAGGAGGAGGAGGAGGAGCAGCAGCCGAGCACUGUGGAGGCGACGGAGACGGAUGAAGGGCCCGAAGAACCAAAGGAGAGUGUCCAGAUAACCCCCACCCGACCUCUGCUGUCCAUGAGAUCCAUGAGCACCGUGGACCCAGAUGACGACUCCCCGAACAUGAUCGUCUACAGAAAGAUUGAAGACAUUGUCACUCACAUCCAGGACGAGACUGAAGGUGUGCCCAUCAGAACUGUCAAAAGUUUCAUGACCAAAAUCCCCAGUGUCGUCACAGGUACAGAUAUUGUACAGUGGCUGAUGAAGAACCUGUCCAUCGAGGAUCCAGCUGAGGCCAUGCACAUCGGGAGUCUCAUCGCAGCUCAGGGGUACUUCUUCCCCAUCUCAGACCACGUCCUCUCCCUCAAAGACGACGGCACUUUCUAUCGUUUUCAGGCACCGUAUUUCUGGCCAUCCAACUGUUGGGAGCCUGAGAACACAGACUACGCUAUCUACCUGUGCAAGCGCACCAUGCAGAACAAGACCAGGCUGGAGCUGGCAGAUUAUGAGGCGGAGAACCUAGCCAGGCUGCAGAGAGCCUUUGCCAGGAAGUGGGAGUUUAUCUACAUGCAGGCUGAGGCCCAGGUCAAGAUCGACAGGAAAAAGGAUAAAACCGAGAGGAAGAUCCUUGACAGCCAGGAGAGAGCCUUCUGGGACGUCCACAGACCUGUGCCUGGAUGUGUCAACACGACAGAGAUGGACAUCAGGAAAUGUAGACGCAUGAAGAACCCUCAUAGAGUUAAGAAGUCGGUGUACGGUUUGGCGGAGGAGGGAACACAGUCUCAGAGUCCCAUACAUACUCCCCUGCACCAUUGCAGGAAAGGCACCAAGGAGGAUGUGGAGAAAGAGAUCUUAUUCCUGAACUCACAGCUAGACCGGCACCGUAUGAAGAUGUCCAAGGUUGCUGAAAGUCUGAUAAGCUACACCGAGCAGUACAUGGAGUAUGACCCGUUUGUGACCGCACCAGAACCGUCCAACCCGUGGACCAGCGAUGAUCCCUCCCUCUGGGAUCUGGAGGCCAGUAAGGAGCCCAGUCAGCAGCGGGUGAAGAAGUGGGGUUUCUCUCUGGAGGAAGCCCUGAAGGACCCGGCAGGACAGGAGCUCUUCCUCAAGUUCCUGGAGUCAGAGUUCAGCUCCGAAAACCUGAGGUUCUGGUUGGCAGUGCAGGACCUGAAGAGGAUGCCCCAGCAGGAUGUGUCACAGAGGGCGCAGGACAUUUGGGCAGAGUUCCUGGCAGAGGGCGCACCCAGCUCCAUCAACCUGGACUCCCACAGCUAUGAACGCACGAGCCAGAACCUGAAAGACCCCGGACGAUACAGCUACGAGGACGCGCAGGAUCACAUCUACAAGCUGAUGAAAAGUGACAGCUACACGCGCUUCCUGCGCUCCAACGUGUACCAAGACCUGCUGAUGGCGAGGAAGAAACCUGAAACAGAGCAGGGCCGACGCACCUCCCUGGAGAAGUUCACUCGCAGUGUGGGCAAGUCACUGACGGGCAAACGUCUGACGGGCCUCAUGCAGUCGUCCUGACCAGGCGUGGAUCAAGAGUAGAAGGAACCAUACCCAGAAGAGCUGCUUACCUCCGGGAGAGCAGGUGGAAAAAAAGACCCUGGGGUGUUUGGGUGUGGCCGUGGGAGGCGGGUGAGGGGCGGCAUAAAACGAGCCCUAUAGGCUGCUGGUCUGGACCGCCACCACGUUUUGAAAAUCACCUCAGAUCAGUUGAAGAGGACUGACAUCAUGCAAUAAGUCACCAGACCUGACACCAGGACAGUGCUGUCACAGCGUAGAGGACAAACAAUGCUACUCUUCUUUAGGAGGUUUCCACUCAGAAAGCCCUGCUGCACCACGCCAGGCUUUGUCCUUUCUCUCUUUGUUGUUUUUCUCUACUAUCUCUACACUCAUGUUAGCUGAAGAGGCUACCGCUUUACUUUCAGUGAUGUAAAACAUGGAAUGCUUGAAUGCCGAGACUUAGAUUAAUGCUGUAGCUAUCUGUUUUAUCUCACGUCAUUCACUAGGAUGAUAUAAGGGAACGAAGGGAUGAGGUAAACAUCUGUCUGACCUGAUCAGUCUUCACAUUGAUGCCGGUCAGACUUCUUUUGAUGGUGGAACAGGGUGGAGGUAGUACACCAACCAUUUUUUUUUAGAGUAAAUGAGCUUUUUGAUCAAUCCACGAAGGAUGACACAAGAUACACAACCUCUGUGUGUCCAACAGUGGUUUAGUGUGUUAGAACAUGUGUUUACAUUUGUCUGUUUUUAUGCCUGUUACAGACUGACUGACAAACCUGUACAGUUCCUGCUCUGGUACGUCAUUCCUGGAAACAAAUGGAAAUAAUCUUUUCAAAAUUUUCUGGGAGCACUGGGUGUUUAUUAUUAUUAUCAUCAUUAAUAUUAUUGGCUGAAAUGAGAGAGGUGCCAUCAGCACAAACUGUCCAACAAAAUGUGUCACAGCACUGGAAAAAAAAUCUAUUUAUUUCUUAGAUUAUCUCGCAUGGAAAAAAAUAAAGAAAAAUAUUCAUUUAAUAGAUUUCCACUGCCAGUCCUGUUGUCUAUUUUUAGCAAGCGUUUCUCCGACCGCUCUGAACAGACAGACGUGUAAUCUUGUUGUCAUAAAAAGGUAAAGACAGGUUGCUCAUUUAAUAAGAAAGAAAGAAAACAGGUGUAAUGAUGAUGACGGUGUUAGGAUUUAUUCUAUUCUUCUGAACAUUCCACUUCAGGCAGCCACGAUGAGUUUUAGUGAGCUGAACAUUCUUCACCUUCAUGUAAAGAGGACCACGAUAAUAAUAAUAAAAAAAAGAGGAAUGCACAAUAAGGAGAGAGAUCUUGCUUGUUA